GUCUACCAAAAGUCUUCCGACCUUCAUUCACUACACUUGCUACUACCCAUCAGGGCUUUUUGGUCGGAUCUCAAUCUUCAAAGGCCACUGUAACCCUCUCUUCCUCUGAUCUAUACAUACAUGUAAGGUCGAAUAUAUAUAGUCAAUCUGAUCUUUGUUUCCAUAGCCAUAUACCCAAUCGAAUUUGGUGUUCAUUAAUGGCUUCACCUGGAAAUCCAAAUCAACCACCAUUUGAUGUGCACAAAUUCUUCAAACCCACAGCACCAACAACGACGAUAACGGCAAACCCUAAUCCCCAAAACCCAAACUCUUCUUCACCAUUCCCUCCCACUACUUAUCCUCCACUCCCUUCUGCUUCUUAUCCUCCACCCACCGCUGGCCCUUACUCUUACCCUCCUCAAUCCUCACCUUUUCAACACCAACAAUACCACCAUAUCCCUCAAUACCCACCACCACAAGAUAAUCAGUUUGCUAACUUGUACCACCAGAGAUCUAUAUCUUUUCCUACACCGCCUAUUCAACCUCAAUUUCCUAAUCCCCAAAACCCUAACCCUGGUGCCACACUCAUGGCUUUGUUAAGUGCCCCACCAUCCACUUUUGAAGUUUCACAACCACCCACCUCGCCGAUGCCCCCUAUUCAGCCUUCCUCAUCUGGGGGUUCCGAUUUUCCGAUGUCCCAAACUAUUCCCAUAUUGGUUUCGGGUCCGAAUGUCAAUAUUUCACCCUCGGCUCCGAUGCGAAUGCCGAGCAGUAAGCUUCCGAAGGGACGACAUUUAGUUAGUGAUCAUGCUGUAUAUGAUAUCGAUGAUCGGUUCCCGGGUGAGGUGCAGCCUCAACUUGAGGUUACUCCAAUCACCAAGUAUGGUUCGGACCCUGGCCUUUUUUUGGGUCGUCAAAUUGCAGUGAAUAAGAACUACAUAUGUUAUGGACUGAAACAGGGAGCAAUUCGGGUGCUUAAUAUAAACACUGCAUUGAGAUCACUGUUUAAAGGGCUUUCUCAGAAGGUGACAGACAUGGCUUUUUUCGCUGAGGAUGUUCACCUUUUGGCGAGUGCAAGUGUUCAUGGGCGGGUUUAUGUAUGGAAGAUUACUGAAGGUCCAGAUGAGGAAGAUAAGCCACAAAUCACAGGAAAGAUUGUCAUCGCAAUUCAGAUAGUAGGAGAAGGGGAAUCUGUUCAUCCACGAGUUUGUUGGCAUUGUCAUAAACAAGAAGUACUUGUAGUCGGCAUUGGAAAGCUUGUUCUGAGGAUUGAUACUACAAAAGUUGGAAAAGGUGAAGUAUUUUCAGCGGAAGAACCUCUCAAAUGUCACGUGGACGAGUUGAUUGAUGGGGUCCAGCUUGUUGGUAGUCAUUCUGGAGAAGUGACUGAUUUAUCAAUGUGCCAGUGGAUGACCACCCGUUUGGUUUCUGCUUCUGUGGAUGGCACGAUAAAGCUAUGGGAAGACCGAAAGAUUCUACCUAUUGCCGUACUGAGGCCACAUGAUGGUGAACCUGUUAAUUCGGUUACAUUUUUUACUGCCCCUCUCCGGCCAGAUCACAUCGUACUUAUCACCGGGGGUCCACUGAAUCGGGAAGUAAAGAUCUGGGCAUCGGCAAGUGAAGAAGGCUGGUUGCUUCCUAGUGAUGCCGAAUCAUGGCAGUGUACCCAGACACUGGAAUUGACGAGCACAGCAGAAGUUCGAGUUGGAGAGGCAUUCUUUAAUCAAGUUACGCCCUUGUCUCAAGCAGGUCUGCUCUUACUAGCAAAUGCCAAGAAGAAUGCCAUAUAUGCAGUACACUUAGAAUAUGGUCCUCACCCAGCUGCAACCCGCAUGGAUUACAUAGCAGAGUUUACUGUCACUAUGCCAAUAUUGAGUUUUACUGGGACAAGUGAUCUAUUAGUCAAUGGUGAACAAAUUGUUCAGAUUUAUUGUGUCCAGACACAGGCUAUUCAACAGUAUGCUUUGGACUUAUCCCAGUGCUUGCCACCCCCAUUGGAGAACCUGAUUUUGGAGAAGUCGGAGUCAAUUGUUAAAUUUAAUGCCCCUACUCCCCAAGAAUUCUCUACUUUGGAGCCAUCUGGAAGCAAACCAAAUGAGAUACCUUUAGCUAGUUCAGCACCUAAACUCUCUGUACAUGAAAGUAGCUCAGAGAGUGCUCCUACAGUGAUACAUAUUAUGAACUCUGCUGCUCUUGAAACAUCCACUUCACAAGAAUUUGCUAUGGAGUCUAAACCCACUUCUUUGCCAAUGAUAAUCAAUGAUACUAAUAAUGCUAAUACCACCUCACCUCUCCCUUCGAGUCCAAGGUUGUCUAGAAAACUCUCUGGGUUUAGAAGUCCAUCAAACACCUUUGAGCCAGGUUCCCCACUCAGUGAUCGUGGUGGAGAUCAUAAAAUUAUCGAGCAUUCAGCUGAUAGGCCAAUUGAUAAUGUUCAAACAAAUGUGUCUGAUGUCCUUUCCUUGAAUGAUGAUUUAAGGAGUGAUGGAAAUAAGUUUGCAAAAGAUGAAAUGUCUACUGAUAUUAAUCAUCCAGUCAAGUUCAUGCACCCCACUCAUUUGGUAACUCCUUCUGAAAUAUUGAUGUCGAAUUCAUCCUCUGAAAGGAAUCAUGUUGUUCAGCACAUGAUUGAGGAAGACCCAAAUAUUCAGGAUUUGACUAUUAACAAUCCCUCACAGAAUUCUGAGGUGGAAGUCAAGGUCGUUGAUGAAACAGGAUUUAGCCAAAAUAACGAAAUUGGUUCUCAAGGAGGACUUCAUGGUCUUGUUUCAGAAAAUAAGGAGAAAUCCUUUUGCUCUCAGGCUUCAGAUCUCGGCAUUGAGAUGGCUAGGGAUUGCCAUGCCUUGCCAGCUGAAACUUAUGUUACAAAGGAAUCUAGGCAACUUGAUGGGGAUAGAAGAAGUGAUGCAGUGGACCAAUCUUUAGGUACCGAGAAUGAUGUCCCUGACUCUGCAAAGGAUGCAUCUGGACAGGUUAUAGGUUCAGCAACGCCUGCAACAGUUGCACAACCACCAGCCCCAGUAACAAAAGGGAAAAAACAGAAGGGGAAGAAUACUCAAGGAUCAGGUCCAUCUUCGCCAUCGCCUAGUGUUUUCAAUUCGACAGAUUCUUCCAAUGAUGCAGGUGUUAGUUCUAGUAUCCCCUCUGUGGAAGCUGCUUUUGCCCAAAUUCUAUCUAUGCAGGAGACACUUAAUCAGCUUGUGACCAUACAAAAAGAAAUGCAGAAGCAGAUGACAAUGACGGUUGCCGCCCCAGUUACCAAAGAAGGCAGAAGACUUGAGGCAGCUCUAGGCCGUAGCAUGGAGAAAGCUGUCAAGGCUAAUGCUGAUGCUCUAUGGGCUCGUUUCCAAGAAGACAGUGUAAAACAGGAGAAGUUAGCACGGGACCGCACGCAGCAAAUAACAAAUUUGAUUACUAGCUGCCUGAACAAGGAUUUGCCAGCAAUGUUGGAGAAAACUAUGAAGAAGGAAUUCGCUUCUGUUGGACCAGCUGUGGCACGCACGAUUGCACCAACUAUUGAGAAAACAAUAUCUACAGCUAUUGCAGACGCUUUCCAGAGAGGAGUUGGCGAUAAGACAGUCAAUCUACUGGAGAAAUCGGUUAAUACUAAACUUGAAGCUACUGUUGCAAGACAAAUUCAAACACAAUUUCAAACUUCUGGCAAGCAAGCUCUUCAGGAAGCAUUGAAAUCUAGUUUGGAAUCUUCGGUUAUCCCUGCCUUUGAGAUGUCAUGCAAUGCUUUGUUUGAACAAGUUGAUGCCACAUUUCAGAAAGGGAUGGUUGAACAUACAAGUGUGGCUCAGCAGCAAUUUGACUCCACGCAUUCAUCAUUGGCACUAGCUUUAAGAGAUGCCCUCAAUUCAGCAUCAUCAAUGACCCAAUCUCUUAGUGGUGAAUUGGCUGAUGGUCAAAGAAAGUUGUUAGCUCUUGCUGUUGCUGGGGCAAAUUCAAAAGCAGUUAACCCUUUGGUUAGCCAGCUGAGUAAUGGAUCUUUGGGUGGUCUUCAGGAUAAGAUUGAGGCACCUUUGGAUCCAACAAGGGAGCUAUCUAGAUUGAUAUCCGAAUGCAAAUAUGACGAGGCUUUCACUGCUGCUUUGCAUAGAAGUGAUGUUUCCAUUGUAUCCUGGUUGUGCUCUCAGGUUGAUUUACAGAGGAUCUUGUCGACGAAUCCUCUACCAUUAAGCCAAGGCGUACUACUUUCACUUCUGCAGCAGCUGUCUUGUGACAUCAGCAAAGAUACACCCCGAAAACUGUCCUGGAUGAGGGACACGGUAGUUGCCAUAAACCCAUCUGAUCCAAUUGUUGCAAUGCACGUGCGACCCAUCUUUGAGCAAGUUUAUCAGAUACUAAACCAUCAUCUUAGCCUUCCCACUGCGACGAGUGGUGAGGUGUCAAGUGCCCGCGUUGUCAUUCACAUCAUCAACUCCAUGCUGAUGGCUUGUAAAUGAUUCCUUUACCGAUUGAUGAGUCAUAUGGAGUGGUGGGGAACUCGGAAGGUUUGUACAAAGCUGUAGUAAUUGUUGAGUGGGUACUAGUAAAUGUGCAGAGACAGUACUUUCUUCUUAAAUAUCUGAAUUCUCUAUCUUUUUCUUCAUUUUUGGUGGAAGUUGAAGUCUGUGAAAUAUCUGAAUUCUCUUUUAUCUUUUUCUUCAUUUUUGGUGGAAGUUGAAGUCUGAAAUA